GGGGAGGGGGGGACUUAGCGGAGGGAGGGGGGGGGCAAGAUGGCGGCGGUGCUGGAGGUGGAGGUCGGCGGCCCCGGCGAGCGCGACGGGGAGGAGGUCGACCUCUCACACUUGUCCCCCGAAGAGAGAUGGAGGGUGGAGCACGCGCGGAUGCACGCCAAGCACCGCGGUCACGAGGCGAUGCACGCCGAAAUGGUCCUCAUCCUGAUCGCCACGCUGGUGGUGGCGCAGCUCCUGCUGGUUCAGUGGAAGCAGAGGCACCCCCGCUCCUACAACAUGGUGACCCUGUUCCAGAUGUGGGUGGUGCCCCUGUACUUCACGGUGAAGCUGUACUGGUGGCGCUUCUUGGUCAUCUGGCUGCUCUUCUCCGCCGUCACAGCUUUCGUCACCUUCAGGGCAACCCGAAAACCGCUGGUACAGACGACGCCCAGGCUGGUUUACAAGUGGUUUCUGCUAAUAUACAAGAUCAGCUACGCCACUGGGAUCGUGGGGUACAUGGCUGUGAUGUUCACGCUUUUUGGUCUUAACUUAUUGUUCAGAAUCAAACCAGAAGAUGCGAUGGACUUCGGCAUCUCCCUCCUCUUCUACGGUCUUUACUACGGGGUCCUGGAGCGGGACUUUGCCGAGAUGUGUGCAGAUUACAUGGCCUCGACGAUCGGGUUCUACAGCGCCUCGGGGAUGCCCACCAAGCACCUCUCCGACAGCGUCUGCGCCGUCUGCGGCCAGCAGAUCUUCGUGGAUGUCAACGAGGAGGGGAUCAUCGAGAACACCUAUCGCCUCUCCUGCAAUCACGUGUUUCACGAGUUCUGCAUCCGCGGCUGGUGCAUCGUCGGGAAGAAGCAGACGUGUCCAUACUGCAAAGAGAAGGUGGAUCUCAAGAGGAUGUUCAGUAACCCCUGGGAGAGGCCGCACGUCAUGUACGGGCAGCUGCUGGACUGGCUGCGCUACCUGGUGGCCUGGCAGCCGGUCAUCAUCGGACUGGUCCAGGGCAUCAACUACAUCCUGGGCCUGGAGUAAGGGAAGGCGGCGGGCAGCCGUGGAGCCACGCGAGGCCACGGGCCGGGGGCAGAGGACAGCAGCCGGCCGGAUCCGUCGCAUCUCGGCCGCCCCCGAGGACCGCGGCACCGAGGACUCGUCCCUGGGGCGACCCCCAGCCAAGCAGCUCCCGCUAGGGCCCCGGGGGAGCCUGGUUUUUUAAAAGCAAUUAUUUUAAUGCGCGUAUUUAAAACUUUCUAUUGCAGACGAAGAGACGGGUGGCCCCGUGUCCCAGCCCUGGGGCCUGCUCCU